GGAGCAAGAGGCUAGGAUCAGUAGGGUGAAAUAGACUGAGUAGGGUCAGCUCAGGAGAGCAGAAAAGUGAAGGAGCAGAGCCACUGGUAGUCUCGUGUGGACUAAGCCACUGGCCCCGGCGCUGAGAGGCUGUGAGAGACCGAGAGCUACGACAGUCGGGUGACCAGACUAACUGAGAGCUGGGUCUUCCUAUUAUGGCAUCCGACACUGCUGAUGAGACAAACUCGGGUUUUAUGAAUCUUUGGCGGGACUUGCAAUAUGAAAAUGAUGGAGUCAGACUAGGUCAAAGACUGCAGUCUUUUAGCCAGAAGAGUAGUUUAAACACAAUAUUAGACUUUGCAGACCAUUUAUUUGAUCAGACGGAUGUACUAAGGGCUGUACUGCACAGGCACUCUUGUCUUAGUGCUCAUUUUUUGGCGGCUGUUUUGGCGGUACCUCCGCCUCCUAAACUUGCAUUAGUCCCGCUGGCUAGCGAGACUGAGCAGCAUAUAUAUCACUGGAGCCAGGUGAACUUGGCGAAGCGUACUCCUAGUUAUCCAUAUGCCAGGGAAGGUCACGACCCAAUCUCAUUUAUCUCAAAAUUCGUUAAUACUUUAUUGGCUUGGCACUGCCAAUCCUCUCAUUCUUCUCUUGAAUUUGUUACAUAUAUAGACAUGAUGCACAUAAUGAUGUUUAUCAUUGUUAUUCACCUCGUAUCUGGAGACAUUGAAAUUAAUCCCGGACCACGAGAUCUCCUAAACUUAAAGAAACCAAAAGUUCGUGAUCUUCAUAGAAUAUUCACUCAAUCUGGAGUUAGUCAUGAUUAUAUAACCAUUGGUGUGGAAUUAGAUGUCCAAUGGCGUGACCUCAAUGUCAAUAAUCCAGCACUAACAGGAACUAAUCUUUGCCUUGUUUUUGAUAGGUGGAUACAGAAAAAUAAAGAUGUCACUUGGAAGAGAAUUCUUAGACUCUGUAAAGAUUGCCAGUACGGGAAAGUUGAAAGCGAAAUCAACGUUUUUUUGUCAUCUGAUGAAGCACACACAGAGUAUGGAAUGGAACCUGAUUUUGAAUGUUCUGAGAAUAUGACAAUACCAAAAAGUAGCAAUGACAAUAAGUAUUCAAAUAAAACAGUUUAUGGGCUACUGAUUACCAUCAUUAUACUCUUACUGAUUAUCAUCAUUGUACUCUGCUAUCUAGUAGCCAGACCCAACCAGCCGACAGUCAUUACAAUGGGGAAUGGUCUGGCUAGCAAGACUAUGAUCAAUGAAUGUCAAACUUUGAUUGACUGCAAUGAGCUUGAUAAAUUGUGUGCUUAACAAAUACUUUUGCUGUUUAUUGUGCUGUGUUUCAUUAUUGGUAACAAUUUUUUAUGAAACAAAA